AUGAACGGAUCCUUGCCAAACGAAUGGAGGGGUGGUCGUCCAGAUGAACGACCUCAACGACGGUCGGAAGAGAAGAUGCGAGCAAUUGGGGGAGAUGGAUGGGAGAGGGAGAAACCUGGGUGUGAAUGUCGGUCGGGCCAAGGGGGCAGUGACAAAGCAAGCAUCGGGGCCCCAUUUACUGUGACCCUUAUUGCGGACGCACUCCUUCAGCAACUUAUCAUGAGACAAUUCGCCGCUCCUCUCAAGGUUUCUGCGUCGUCCAAGUCGGAUGCUAACGCGGCUGCAUCUGGCAGCAACUUGACCACUCCAGGCGGAGGGGGCUCUGCUUCUUCUCCUCUAGCAUCUGAUCACGCCAUGCAGGUCGAGCAAUUGUUGAACCAGAUCGAGUCCAAAUUCGACGACAUGUCUACACAGAUUUUAGAUAAGAUGAAUGCAAUGUCUAGUCGGGUCGAUACGCUCGAAGCAGCUAUCCAGGAUCUCAUCAAUAGCGAUGUGCAGCCAGCGACUCCCGGUACACCAAGUGGUCGAUGA